AUGAGUGAGGAGUACUUCAUUGGUAUUGAUUUGGGAACGACAUAUUCUUCGAUAUCCGUCUGUAUUAAUGGUGUUACUCAAGUUAUUGAAAUUGGUUCAAUAUUUCGUGUUCCCUCGUGUAUAUCAUUUUUGGACUACAAAAAACGACAAGUUAAAAUAGGGUUUUCGGCCUUAAAUGGAAAUGGCUCUUUUGUAUGUAAUAUUAAGAAACUCCUAGGCCGACAAUUUUCUUCUUUUUCAAAAGGAGAAAUAAAAAGUUUUCCUUUUGAAAUUAUUUCCGAUGAAGACGAUGAAAUUCAAGUAAAAGUACCUUUUUACAAAACAAUACCCGAUGACAUAUCCAACACAAAAGUUGUUAUCGUUGAAACGUUUGACACUUUUUAUCCCGAGGAAUUGCUGGCUUUGGUACUCAAUUAUUUAUGUAAAGCAGCAAUGAGUCGAUUACAUCUAACUGAUUUGAAUGAAGUAGUCAUAGCUGUCCCUGUGAUGUUUGGUGAUGUUGAAAGGGAGGCCUUAUAUCGGUGUGCUUCUUUGUGUAACAUAAAAGUCAAAAAGCUAGUGAAUGAGUCGGUGGUAGCCUUGAUGUGUUAUUCAAAUCGAUUUCAAAGCCAAAUCAGUGAUAAAAGUAAAGUGUGUGUUAUUGAGAUGGGAGGAGGCAAAUUCGAUAUCUCCCUUUGUGUCACUAUAAAUAAGACUAUACAAGUGUUGGCCAAUGGUGGCGAUAAACACUUUGGUGGUGACGAUUUCACACAAGUUGUAUCAAAAUUAAUCAUUGACUUAAUUCGUAAUGUAUCAAGUGAUGUGGCUGAUAAAUUAAGUAACAUUCACAUCGAAAAUAAAGAGCACUGGACGGCCACUAAAAGUAAAUUCUGGUAUUUGUCCCAACAAGUUAAAGAGAGUCUCAGUGCCAAUGAUAUGGUAGAAGUAUAUAUAAGUGACAUCAGUGAUGAAUACAUCAAAGAUAAUGAGGACUUUUCAGUGAUAAUUACCAAACAAAUGUAUGAAGGGUGUGAGGACUUUAAAACGCUCAUUUCUCAUUUUAAAAAGUGCAUUUUUCAAGUAAUUAAACCGCAAAGUGUGAAACUAGUAGAUCACGUUUUACUCAUUGGAGGAGGCGCUAAAAAUAGAAUACUCCGCCAGUGCGUUGAAACUCUAUUUGGAAAGCAAAAAGUUUCGGAAGAAAGCUUUGACGAGCUCAACGCAGUGGUGAACGGAGCAGCAUUGUACAACUUUAAAAUGUGUUCUGGAAUUGAUAAUGAUGUGAUGCUGGAUGUGCUGCCAGUGUACCUCGGUUUCUGCGUCAAUUCUAACAAAUUUGACUGCUUUGCAGAAGCUGGGAAGAACCUCCCGAUAGUCACAGAAAAGGUUUACAAGACAACAUACGAUGGACAGACACAGGCCACUUUCGAAAUAUACAGUGGAACUCAAAAAUCGUAUUUUGUGGAUGAUAUGGACUUUGUCACUAAAGUCACAUUGAAAGGAUUUCCAAAGAAAAAGAGUGGUGAUAUUUCGUUUAGAAUUUCAAUUGAAGUCGACAAUUCAGCAAGAAUAAAAGUCUAUGGAGAAGUCGUUGGAGAUGAAACUGAAGAGAAAAUACUAUUGGAGACGAAGUUACAAAUAGAGGAAAAGGAUAAAAAAGUUGAGAUGAUGAAGGAGCAUAUGAGAAAGUAUUUGAUGUAA